CCGGUCUUUCCCAUCUCUGUAGUUUGGAAUUAGGCGAUUAGCCAUUGUGGCCAGAAAAGAAAAAAAAGAAAAAAGGGAAAGAGGAAAAGAAGAAGUGAUUGUAGUGACAAUUGAUCAAUCUCCAUCAUGCUUGUUUGUUUCUCGGCAUUUAUAACAAACAUCAUUUACUCUAUAUUCUCCUUCAUGUACUCCGCAAUGUCCUCCGAAUUUGAAUAUUUCUUUUCAGUUGAGCCUUCGUUUAUCCCACGUCCGAGAAAAGGCCCUUCAAUGCUCAAAUCCCAUCUACACCAGCUUUUCCACUCUCCGGUGCAUUGUAUGGAGGAAGUAUUCGUACACCUUGUACAAUUUGAGUAUUACCCAAUUGCAGAACGCCCGAAAAGGUCUGUUUGUCUCAGUUGUACAGGUAUAUGAAAUACACACACACAUGGGUGCAGAUAGAUUUGGGAUGCCAAUUUGUUGAACUGGACUAGCGGGUAUGAGACAAAGAGGUUAGAGAGGAAUUUUAAAAUGGUUGAAAUUGGCGGCAUGCUUAUGCGAAAUAGGAAUGUUAGUUGGUUUGAUGUGGAAUCUACAGAAGAUAUCCUUGCCAAUAUUCUCUCAAGGGUUCCUGUGAACUCCCUUCUAGUUUUCAAGUCUGUUUCUAAACUCUGGUAUAGAUUGAUACACAGUCCAAAUUUCAUCAAGUUGCAGUUGAGCCAGACCCCAAAAAGCCCCACUUACAUAAUCUAUCCGUACAUGGAUGAGGUAAUGAAUUUGUAUCUGAUGAAGAGCAAUGGGGAAAUCACUGAAAUGAUUACUCUUCGUGAUUGUGAAAAUAUUUCUUCUCAGAGCCUGAUAUGCUCUUAUAGCGGAUUAAUCUGUUGUAUCAAUUAUCCCUUGAUUCCAAACUCAAAGAUGGAUGAAGUGGAUUUGACAGACUUUGAAAUCCGUAUCUGCAAUCCCACUACUCGAGAAAUCUUUUUCCUUCCAAAGGGUAGUCCAUCUGAAACAGAAAUAUCUAUUGGAGUUGUUUUUUGCCCCAUAACCACUGAGUAUAAAGUAUUUCGAUUUUUCCAUUCCAAACAUGAGUCCCAAGAUAUCCAUCUUGAGUGUGAGAUAUAUUCAUCAUGUACUGGAUCCUGGAGAGGCAUAGGUGUUGUCCAGCACCAUCCCAUGGGUUUCCGGCACUGCCCCUUGGGUUCAAAUCAUGUAUUUGUUAAUGGAAAAGUGUACUGGUUUGUUGCUUUAGAAGAAGAUCAAUACACCCCUGGUUCCAUUCUUUCAAUUGAUAUCGAGGAAAAUCUUAGAACCAUCAAUCUUCCAGAGGAAGUCACCGAGCACUCAUUCUUAGUUGAUCUUGAAGGUUGCUUAUCUCUAGUUGCUGUACAUGAUGGGGAUGAAGUUGUUAAUAUAUGGGUUCUGGAUGAUUCUAAUCAGCCUAAUUGGGAAAUAAAAUGUAGUGUUGAUACUGCCUUCUCAAGUAUGGAAUGUGUUGACUUUGUAACUGCACGAAAGAACGAAGUUUUUUUCAUAACCACGGAGCAUUAUCUAAUCUAUAAUGUCGACUAUGGGACUUGGACGGAACUUGAUUUAGCAGAUACUUUUGAAAGGAAUUCUCCUGUUGCUUUUCCUUAUACUGAAUCACUCCUCCCAUGUUGUGGACUCCUGGGUUCUGAACAAGAGAGUGACGAUUAAGAAAAAAAAUCGGUUGUAGUUCUGAAGGUCUUCUCCAUUGGCGAAACAAUAAUUGCAACAGGGGAAUAAGGAGGUCUGCCAUCGAGUGGCUUUUUGCUAUGGAAUAUGGAGGAUGGAUAGCUACUGAAUUUUAUUUU